AUGCGUUUCACCGGGCUCGUUGCUUUGAGUUUGGCUGGUUUAGCCACGGCCGUGCCUGUUUACGUGAACCCCAACUCGCCAAUGUCUAAGCCCGCCGAGAAUGGUCACAAUGGCCCGGCCUACAGAAUCUUGGAUUUCCAGUCAGCUGGAAGCGGAAGCCUUACAACACCUACGCCAACUCCUAUCCUACCUACCACUACUGGCACACCCCGAGCUACGCCCAGUGUGGCAGCAACUGGUCAGCCUGAUAACCUAUCCCAGAAGACAACGAAAUUCCAUGAAGAUUUUGAGCAUUGGGUGAACCUACCUAACGGGGCUGAAAAAGAAAGAGAGAAAAUGGGGAAAGAAAUUGCUCAAGGACCUGAAAAAUCUUGCAAAUCAAGGCGAGCAAACAUCCACAUUCACCUCGCCAACUGUUCCCCAAGGAGGCCCACGCCUGAGACCCACGCCUUCUUCCAGUGCCACGCCUUCUUACAGUGCCACACCUUCUCCCACAUCAUCUGUCGUGUACUUUGCUCACGCAUGAAGCUACCGGAGAAGCUCUAA